AUGACUCAUUAUAGCCCAAUUACUUUUGGUUUUCACAAGCUACAUAUCAUCAUUCAUAGUGGGACAGAGGAGUUAAUACUGCAAGGAGGUGUAGCUAAAGCAGAACUCAAUUUGUUGCAGGACAAAGACUUGAGAGAGUACAUUAAUUACAAGGACAGUUGCUAUAAUAUAUCCCCAAUACCCCAAGGAAGAGAUCCAGGAUCUGAAAUGCAAGUAGAAGUUCAGGAGUUAUUAGUGAAGUUCCAAGAUGUAUUUGCUGUUCCAACAAACUUGCCUCCUAAGAGAAGCUUGGAUCAUUCUAUACCACUCAAACCAGAGGCUCAGGCUUUCAAAAUCAAGCCUUACAGGUACCCUCAUUCUCAAAAAUUUGAAAUAGAACGCCAAGUCAUGGAGAUGCUUGAUAGUGGAAUCAUUAGACAUAGUAAUAGUCCUUAUGCUUCACCUGUACUGCUAGUUAAGAAAAAAGUUGGAACAUGGCGUUUUUGUGUUAAUUAUAGACACUUAAACCGGCUGAUUAUUAAAGACAAGCAUCCAAUUUCCAAAAUUGAGGAGUUGAUAGCAAAGUUAUGUUGGAGACGAGAUAAAACCCAUGUUCUUUAUGGUGGCACUAAAAUUUUGCAGCAUACACCCGAUAAGACAUUUCAUAUGAAAACUCCUGAUGGUGGCUGCUUGGCUGUUGUUUUAAGAACGGGAUUUGAAACCAGCCAAGGAAAAUUGAUGCGGACUAUUCUAUUUUCUACUGAGAGGGUUACUGCUAACAGCUGGGAAAGCGGACUCUUUAUUUUAUUCUUAGUAGUUUUUGCAGUAAUUGCAGCAGGUUAUGUUCUUAAAAAGGGGCUUGAGGACCCGACAAGGAGUAGAUACAAGCUUGUCUUAAGUUGUUCCCUGAUCAUUACUUCUGUGAUUCCACCUGAGCUACCGAUGGAAUUAUCCAUAGCUGUUAAUACAUCUUUGAUUGCUUUAGCACGUCGUGGGAUAUUUUGCACAGAACCAUUUAGAAUUCCAUUUGCAGGGAAGGUUGAUAUGUGUUGCUUUGACAAAACUGGCACACUAACAUCUGAUGAUAUGGAAUUUUCUGGAGUUGGUGGACUAACUGAUCGUGAGGAAUUAGAGACAGAAAUGAGUAAAGUUCCAGGACGCACUCAGGAAAUUCUUGCUUCAUGUCAUGCCUUGGUUUUUGUGGACAACAAGCUGGUUGGUGAUCCUCUUGAAAAGGCUGCUCUUAAGGGAAUUGAUUGGACCUACAAAUCAGAUGAAAAGGCCAUUCCGAAGAAGGGUAGUGGAGAUGCAGUUCAGAUUGUGCAGAGGCACCACUUUGCUUCCUAUCUUAAAAGAAUGGCAGUUGUUGUUCGUGUUCAGGAGCAGUUUUUUGCUUUUGUGAAGGGAGCACCAGAAACCAUCCAGGAGAGGCUUAUUGAUGUACCUCCAUCUUAUGUCAAGACUUACAAAAAAUAUACACGUCAGGGAUCUCGUGUAUUGGCUCUCGCUUUUAAAUCUCUUCCAGAGAUGUCAGUUAGUGAAGUGAGAAGCUUGGACAGAGAUGUGGUGGAAAGUGGACUUAACUUUGCUGGCUUUGCGGUUUUCAACUGUCCUAUCAGAGGAGAUUCGGCCACUGUGUUGACUGAAUUGAAAGGAUCAUCACAUGAUCUGGUCAUGAUUACAGGUGAUCAAGCUUUGACAGCUUGCCAUGUUGCUAGUCAAGUUCAUAUUGUUACAAAACCUGCCCUAAUUCUCAGCCGAGCUAAGAGUGGUGAAGGAUACGAGUGGGUUUCACCUGAUGAGACUGAGGUUAUUAGCUACAGGGACAAUGAGGUUGAAGCUUUAUCAGAAACGCAUGAUUUAUGUGUUGGAGGUGACUGUGUGGAAAUGUUACAGCAGAGUUCUGCUGUUCAUAAAGUCAUUCCAUAUGUGAAGGUAUUUGCAAGGGUUGCUCCAGAGCAGAAGGAACUGAUUUUGACCACUUUUAAAUCAGUAGGAAGGGUAACAUUGAUGUGUGGUGAUGGGACAAAUGAUGUUGGCGCAUUAAAACAGGCUCAUGUUGGAGUAGCUCUACUGAAUGCAAUAGCCCCCACUCAAAGUGAAAAGUCUUCAAAUGAAGCAUCAGCAAAAGGUGAAAGUGCAAAACCUGCUAAAGCAAGGAAAAUUAAACCUGCAGUGGAAAAUGGAGAAGGAUCUUCGAAAAGCAAACCUAUCUCAAAGUCUGAAUCUUCUAGUAAUCAAGCUGUUAAUCGCCAUCUCACAGCUGCAGAGAUGCAAAAGCAGAAGCUGAAGAAACUCAUGGAUGAGCUAAAUGAAGACAGUGAUGGUCGAUCUGCUCCUAUCGUCAAGCUUGGGGAUGCUUCAAUGGCAUCGCCAUUUACAGCAAAACAUGCUUCAGUUGCCCCCACAACUGACAUAAUUCGUCAAGGCCGUAGUACGCUUGUGACUACCCUCCAAAUGUUCAAGAUACUUGGACUUAACUGCCUUGCCACCGCCUAUGUGUUGAGCGUAAUGUAUCUGGAUGGUGUCAAGUUGGGGGAUGUUCAGGCAACAAUUAGUGGGGUUUUCACAGCUGCAUUCUUCCUAUUUAUCUCUCAUGCUCGUCCCCUUCCAACCCUUUCAGCUGAACGGCCUCAUCCUAAUAUUUUCUGUGCCUAUGUCUUUCUUUCCCUGAUGGGACAGUUUGCGAUCCACCUCUUUUUCUUGAUUUCUUCUGUGAAAGAGGCUGAGAAGUACAUGCCAGAUGAGUGUAUUGAGCCAGACUCAGAUUUUCACCCCAAUCUUGUGAACACAGUUUCAUACAUGGUCAGCAUGAUACUACAGGUUGCUACAUUUGCUGUGAACUAUAUGGGCCAUCCAUUCAACCAGAGUAUACCAGAAAACAAGCCUUUCCUAUAUGCACUAGUGGCUGCUGUAGGCUUUUUCACAGUGAUUACCUCUGACUUGUUUAGGGACUUGAAUGACUGGCUCAAGUUAGUCCCCUUGCCCAAAGGAUUGAGGAAUAAGUUGCUGAUAUGGGCAGCUGUCAUGUUUAUAGUCUGCUAUAGCUGGGAAAGGCUAUUGAGGUGGGCAUUCCCUGGUAAGAUGCCUUCUUGGAAAAGGCGACAAAGGCAAGUUGCAGCAAACCUUGAGAAAAAGAAACGCGUCUGAGUUUGCAGGGCAUCCAAGUCUGCAGAAUUUUCAUCAGGAGUUUGAGCAUCUACAGGCAAGCAUUCUUAGGAGCUAUUUUUGACUUAGUGGAAAGCAAUGCCACCGUUCAGCUUUGGAGAAAUUUCAAGUAAUGUAUCAUUCAUACCUAUAUGUGCCUUACCCUGUGCGGAAGAUUUUUGACCCUUUUUCUUUCCAUACUCUUUAAUAGAUAUCUCAGAAGAACGAGAUAGGAAACUAUUCCUUCAUUUUUAUGUUUAGAAGGAAAACGAAUCUCCAUUAUUAUCCAAAGAAUUUUGUACCAAGAUGCCGUAUAUUGUUUGGUUAUCCAGCCUUUCCGAACUUGUUUCAACUGAAGGUUGUCUCGUUUAUACUGGAAAACAGUUCUUCCUUGUGCAGGCACUUGUAUCCUUUUUUUAAAAAAAAAUUUAUUUCAGGGU